AUGCAGGAAUCCAUCCUUGGUGGUGCGCCGCGGUUUCAGCGGCUGAACACAUUGCUCACCUAUGUGCCCGACUAUGGUCUUGUGAUCUGCAAACGCUGCGAGUUUGCCAUACAGCCCCGAGCCUUGUCGAGUCACCUUUUGCGCCACCAUAUAUAUAGGAGUGAGCGACGACAAUUGCUGGAGAGAAUCAGCAGACUGAAACUGCUGGAUCCGGCUGAAGUAAAUACGCCACCAGCAGGUAUUUCCGCGCUGCCGUAUCUUCAAGUCUCAGAAGGCUACCGAUGCAGCUAUCCCACAUGUGCUCAUUUGUGCAUUUCAGCAAAGCGUAUGAGUCUCCACCUCCACGAAUGUCAUAAAGAGAUACACGCUAUUGACGUUGAGAUUCAUGCUCAGCGGGUCCAUAUUCAGACGUUCUUUCGAGGCAACAAGGUCCGUUACUUUGAGGUCGACGCUCUCCCCAGAGUAUCAAGCAACGAGGGACCGACAGAUUCGACCAGAUAUCCUCUUCUGCGCCUCUCGCAUCUGAGCCAGGCACAACUUUCCCAGAUAUCAACGGCCACGGAGCUCCCGAUGAACCAUCUCAUGUAUCUUCAUCACUACAUCACCCGUACUAGCGAGUCACUAACCAGGGGCAACGAUUCCAUCCUAUUUUGGGCUGAUACGAUACCAUUGCAUGCUUUGAAUCAACCUUUCCUCAUGCACGGCAUCCUUGGUGUUGCUGCAUUUCAUCAAGCGGUUCUGACCUCGGACGCUCAACAACGAAGCACGCACCAGUCGAAUGGCCUUAUACAUCAAUCCGCCGGCUUAGUUACUUUUAGGAAACUAAUCAAGCACCCUUCUGCAGAGACAAGCACCGCCUUGACGGCAUUCGCGCGCUUACUGGGCGUUCAAUUCUGUGCUCAGGCUCUGCUGGAUGCAGAGGAUCAUCCGCUGGUCGUCGGAAACUCACCCAAACUAAACAUUUCCCAAGUUAUGGACUUUGUACUCUUACUGCGAGGUGGAUGCGAUCUCCUGGUCAAGAUGCAAGGAAGUUUUCCCGAACCCUCGGGCUUUGCCAUUCCCUCUGAAGUUCUUCAAGGAUUGGGCCCGCCGCAAAUAACAUCUGACGCAGAUGGUGCCUUCCUGCCCUAUGUCGUCAACCAGCUCCAUGCUCUACUCCAAACAAAAAUCUCAGCGCUCCACGGAGAUCCAAUCAGGAUUGUCGACAUAGACGACAUCCCGCACCUGGCAAAGCUCUGCGGAGAGGGAUCCCUGCUCAGGCCGGGGCAAUUACUCACCAGAGACUGGGUACGCAGCAGCUUACCUUCAGACACAGGAUUGAACCACUACAUAGACGAGAUUGCGGAAGCACUUCCAGCCGCACUUGCCGUGGCCAGACUUUCAUUCAGCCGAGACCGCGUGCGAAAUAUUCCAGUUCCUCGGCCAGUCAUCGUAUGCUACCCUCACAUACCUCUUGGAAUCUACUCGGCUCUGGCCUCCCUCCCGGAGCGACUUAUCACCCGUGGCCUGGUAGCCGAUUUGUCAGAGCUUGAGAUGUUCGACCAAUCCCUGGCGUCGUUGGUGUGCAGCUAUUCCCGAAGCUACGCCGCAGACACCACUUGUGCUCGCUGGAACGGCAUUGAGAGUUGGGCGUGUUCGCUUUCAGACGAGUUCCUGCGUCACAUAGAAGCAGCCAACUCCCUGGCACUAGUCUUGGUUGCGCACUGGUGCGUGCUCGUCUCAAGGCAGGAGCGCUUCUAUUGGUUCUUGAACGGCCAGUCACAGAGGAUGCUGAAUGCCGUCCUGGGGAAUCUCGAUUCUGAAAUGCAGAGCUUUGUACGGGACAGCCUGUCCCGCCUGUCGUCAGUGUGA